AUGAUACAUACCACUCACUUGCUGCUAGUGCUCGCCGUUGUCGUCGGACAACUGUCAACGAUGUACGUCACCAAGGAUGACAUGAAGUCGCGACGCUCCAGCCUCGAGUCGUUCCUGUCCGAACUGAGGAACGAAGCGGCGCUAUCUGGUCGGAUGAGAUUCGGAAAACGCACGGCGAUGUUGGCAGACUACCGCGACUUCCCCCGUCAGCUGAAGUACGACAACUAUCUCGAUUACUACUUAUAG